CACGUAGAUCUAUGUUUAUGAUUCUUCACGAAAAACACCAUCAAGGGUGAUAUUUGCUUUCCUAGAUCAGUAAUUAUUCAUAGAAUUUCCAGUAUUCUAGAAACCGUCAUCAUAGACUUUAAAAUGGGCUUCUUGGACAGCAUACCAACCCAUAUGGAUUAUACAGGACAGAAGCUAGCGGAGCAGAUAUUUCAGGCAAUAAUCAUGCUCUUUGGGGUUGUAGGGUUCGUCUGGGGUUAUGUCUGUGAGCAGUUUGUCCAGACUGUGUACAUACUUGGUGCUGGCUUUGUUCUUUCCUGUAUAUUGACCUUACCACCCUGGCCUAUGUACAGGAGAAAUCCAGUCGCAUGGCAGAAGCCUCAACAACAAGCAACCAUCGCGCCGCCAGCAGAAACUACGACACAAUCAGCAAGGAAGUCAGGGAAGAGGAAGGACAAAUCCAGAUAGAUUUGUCUCAACAUUUCAUUAAAUAUUCCCAUUUAUUCAAUCUUUUGUUUCUCUUUAGGCUAGUCAAAAGUAUUUCAGUUUCUAUUUAGACAAGUUAACUCAAUGCCUCACAAGUAAUCUACCUGUGCCACAAUGGAAGGACAAAUCCAGAUAGAUUUGUCACAACGUUUCAUUAAAUGUUCCCAUUAUUCUAUCUUUUGUUUCUCUUUAGGCUAGUCAAAAGUAUUUCAGUUCUUUUUAGACAAGUUAGAUCUUUAAAUGCCAUUGUGGCAUUGGAAGAUUAUUUGUGCCACAUAUAAAGAGUUAACAGUCAUAGUCUCUUCUUCAUAGGCCACUGGCACCUAUUCUUCCUUCUUCUUCUUCUUUUUUUCCCAUAACUUGUGGAAAUUUUUCUUGCAAUUUAUUUUGGACAUAACUUAAUUUGGAUAAUGGCAAUUGUUUAUAAGAUAUGGCCCUGAUUUGAUGUAUGAAAAUAGAAAUCUACAGGGAUUCUGUCUCGUGCACCCAAUUUCAUUGCAUAAGUAUGGUUGAUAAAACUACUUGUUUUAGGGCAGUUACUUUUAAUGUAAUUGUGAGCACUUUUUUGUCAAUGUUGUUUCGGUGAUUGUUUGAUCAUUGUCUCUUUUACCCCCUUGAGAAUUUAUCAAUGUAGCACACUGACAAUGCUAUGAAAGUAUGUCUUUAUUCUGACACAGUUUAAAAUACUUUGAUGUUAUUCUUUGACACAUACACGGUAGCACUGGAUAAUAUGCAAUACAAUAGUGUACUGAUCACCCUUGUACAUUGUACAUUGUGUGUCUAAGAAAUCAUUAUCCAUUUUGGAGAAAAAAUCAGGAGCUCAUAGUUUGUUUUUCUAUUCUAAUUUUUUUCUUUUUUGUGUCCUUUUUGGUAUGUUGCUUGUACGUUCUUAUGAUGAAUAUUAUUUGUUUGACUCUAGUUGUGUCUGUCUUUGAUGUUUCUUGUUUUGGGUUAAAUUAUUUAGUGUAUACCAUGUACAUUUAUUUCCUUUUUUCCUCGUCCACAAAUAUUCAAAAGACAAAUUAGAUAAAAUUUGUCAAUGAUUGGAAAUCUUGUUACUGACAUCUUCAUUUGUUUUGGUACAUGUAUAUAAAGUUUAUUUCAUUCCUUAGUUACACGACUUAAAGAUUUAAUACUGUGUAGUGUGUACCAAAUUUCUUGCACUUAUAUCUCAAUAAGCUAAAUUUAUCAAUUAAAAUAUUUGUUAAAUUGAGAAUGGAAUAUUCAUGAAUUUCUUUAUUCUUGGUGCCUGGGAGUUUGGUUGUUUGAAAUACUGAAUGAUGGAAAUAAAUUUCAUGUGUCUAUAAGAUUAUGGACCAUCAGUGCAGAAAGAUGAACAAGUUUGCCGUUAUGGUUACACAAGCAAAAGUUAUUGAUCAAGGCCAUUAAUUUAUCAAUAGCUAUAAGUUUAAUUGAAUGCAAAUUGGCAAGUAAAUUGUGGAUAUGCGUUAAUAUGCUAUUUUUUACAAUGGAGAUGUUACACAAUGGUCUUUGGGCGAGUAACCUUGACAUUGAAUCAGCUAAUUUACUUCCAUUGGUAAUAAAACGUGCAUUUUUAGGCAUAUGAACUUAUUUAGAUUUGUAAGUUUGUGGUUUCGCCAUGAGGGUUAUAGUCCUAUAAAGGACUGUUGGGUUUGAAAGAAGAUUUUUAAAAGAUAAUAAUAAAAACCCCACACUCUCUGUCAGGACUACCCAGAUGGUGAAACCAUGAACUUGUGAAUGUAUACACACCACCAUGCAACCCUCAAUCUCACAGAUCAUCUGAACGUACAUGUAUAUAAAUGAAUGUCUAUUGUGUA